CCGUCCUUCGCACGCGUUUCUUGAACGGUUUUAUUCUUUACGAAAAUACAAAUACAUAAAAUGGUGUGGUGUGUUGUACAUUUUGUUUUGGACAACACUGUGGAAGUAGUUCCUGGAUUCUGGUAUGCAAAAGGGAAUUGUGCUUGGCCAAGAUCGUCCAAAACUAAAGACAUAAAAAAAGCAAUAUUCAAUCAAGUACGACCAAAUAAGCUUGAUUUUUCGUUUUUUGAAGCACGUUGUUUGAGCAGUAAUAUCGACAGUUUUUCAAAGGCCCAAAAAAAAUGUGAGAUGGCAAAGGAUAAAUCUGACCUUUCUUCGACAGAAGAAGAUAAAUUAAAAAAGAAAAAAAUUAGAAGACAAAAUAGAGUUUGUUUACAAUCUGAUAGUGAACAAUCUGACACAUUAUCUGACAUGAACCAAAAUUCAAUACCAUGUUAUCAUUCUGCAGAUUCUAGUCCUAAUAAAAAUAUUAUUGUAGCCGACAACCAAAACAUAAAAUUUUUAAGACAGGAUAUUGUUCUUGAACGUCGACCUGAUGACAAAAUGAGCCCUGCAGCUACAUUGAAUGAUGAUAUUACUACAUCCUCUAAAGCAGUAACUCAUAUUUAUAAUGUCACACCUUUAAAAACUAUGAACAAGUCGAUUCCAAAAAUGCUGAUAAGUGGAAACAAGUCUGAUAACGGCAGUGUUAUUAUGUCUCCAUUAAAAACAUCCAAAUAUACAUCUUCAUCUCAGUCACACGGUGUAAAAAGGAGCCUAUUUGAUGAUAUUAAUAAAAGUCCAAAUAGGAGUGAUUCAAGUUUAACUGCCUGUACGCCAAACAAUUCUAUUAUUAAUGGAGCUAAGACAAGUUUAUUUUCAAACAGUCCAAUAAAGAUUUCUCCAAGACCUGGAUUAUCUGUCAACAAUAGUAUAUCCAUUAAAUCCACAGAAGGACCUACAUCAAAAUAUAAACAAAAAACUCCUCAUAAAGAUGAUCAAUAUGCGAGGUUAUUGAAUUAUAUGCUAACAAUUAAAUAUGAAAUUAAAUCAAUACAUGAGAAAUUAGAUAUAAUUAUUCAGAGAGACGAAGAAAAUACUUUGACAAAAACUAGAGAAUCUCAACUCUUAUACGACACUUGUCUUAUAGAUGAUAAAUUGCCUAUUAAAAGCCAGGAAAAUCUACAAGAAUUUGAAAAUGAGUUAUAUAUUGAUAAAAAUUAUCGGCAUCAGUUGGUCAAACGUUUAUCAUCUGUUGGUGGAAAAUCCAUUAAAAUUAUGGUAAAACGAAUAAUGACUCUAAUGUUUACACCUGAAUUGCUUUGCAAAUUUUCAUACAACGGACGCGGAAAUAAAAAAUGCUCGUUUGAAAAAUUACUUGUGAAUAAAAUUAUUUUUGAAUCUGUGAAAACUAUUAAAAAAUUUGCUGCAUCCGAUAAUUCAACCAACGAAAUUGAACAGGUUAUAAAAUAUGUGCUAAUUCAAACGCCAUUUAAAAUUAGAGAUAAGACAGUUCAAUAA